AAUGUAAUAUGUUUUCGGUUUUCAGAAUGCUGGAAGACCAACAACGUUCCGGUAUCUCUUCUGCUGCAGCCCGUGCCAUGGCCGAUCAGGUUUUGAGGGCCUCAGCAGAAGGCCUACAGCGUUCUGGCGUCGUUUCUGCUGCGACCCGUUCCAUGGUUGAUCAGGUUUUGAAGGGCUCCGUGGAAGACCACCUGCAACAUUCUGGCAUGCCUUCACAAAUAGCUCGCUCUGUCGCCGAUCAGGUUCUAAGGUCUGCGUCCAUUGAAGACCAAAUGCAGCGUACUGGCAUGUCUUCCUCGGCCGCUCGCUCUGUUGCUGACCAGGUUUUGAGAUCCUCUGUGGAAGACAACCUGCAGCGUUCUGGCAUGCCUUACUCUUCAGCCCGUUCUAUGACUGAUCAGGUUUUGAGGACGGCCAGCAUGGAUGACCAGCAACAGCGCAUUGGCAUGCCUUCCGCUUCAUCCCGUUCUCUCGCUGAUCAGGUCUUAAGAGCCUCAAUGGGAGACCAGCUCCAGCGUACCGGUAUGUCUUCUGCUGCUGCUCGUACCGUUACUGAUCAGGUUUUAAGGUCCGCUCUGGAUAAUAAUAAAUGGUCGAGCGGAUGGAGAAGUGGUUCCGAUAUGGACUCUGCUGUAAACUCUGGUGUAGACAAAUCCAUGACUGAUCAGCUUUUGAGAUCCAUGAUGAAUAACCAACAACGCUACGGUCUGUCUAUGGCUGAUAAAGUUAUGAGAAACUACAUAGAUGACCAAGACCAGCGUAGCGGAAUCACUGGAAUGUCCCCGAUCUCAGGAAUGUCCUCAAUGUCCCGUUCAAUGGCCGACCAGCUUCCGAGGUCAGCCUGGCAAAAACAAGAUCAAGACGAUUCGAUGUAGUGUAGUUUUGUUUCUUGACGAUCAGUGCUGCGACGCGUCCCAGCCGCAACUGGAUUGAGCGAACCACAAUUAAUUA